AUGGAGAACAAUCCGGCUCCGGCUCCGGCGCCGACACCACUGAAACCACUGACGCCGCCAGAGUGGGAGUCUUUAAUCGACGACCACCAGUACGGUGGAUACCGCCGUGACCGCUGGAUUUCAUUGAACUACACCGGUAUCUCUCUCAUCGACCUCUGUCUAUCAUCCAUCUCCCGCAAAGAUCUCCCACUCAACCUCAAGCUACACCUCAUCGUCUUCCUUGAAGAAUACUUCACCACGUUUUUUCCAUCGCCGGAAUCCGAUACCGAAACGGAAAACACCCUAGCUCGCUUCCUCGAAACACUUCGCUCCGUCAUCAAUUCUCCGGUCGACGGCGUUUCAGUCACUUAUUCCCUCAAAGAACAGCUACUCGUAUCAACUACAUCUAUAUUCAUACUUUCUACCAUCGAUAACAGCGAGGAUAGUAAAACGCCUUGUUUGACUUACACAAGUCAACUCGAGGGUUUGAUUGAGGUGUUGUUGACGGUUGUAAACCGCCCAAAUCAUGGUGUAGAUCGACAGCUACGUGGUUCCGCAUGCGAGUGUUUGCGUGAAUUAGAGAGAGAAUGCCCUAGCUUGUUAUCAGAAACAGCUGGACAUUUGUGGACAUUAUGUCAAAGCGAGAAAACUCAUGUUGCUCAAAGCUAUGUAUUAAUGCUAGCAAGUAUCGUUCAUGGAAUAGUGAUCUCGAAGGUAAACGUUUCAAUUCUUACAACUUCAAUUCCGUUGAUACCAUUCAAUGUUCCCCAGUUUUUGAUCGGAGGAGGUUCAGCCAGAGAGAAUUCUGUUUUACCGAUUAAGGAAUUGAGGAGGGUAAUGUCUUUCUUGCUUGAAUGGCCUCCAUUUUUGACACCUUUUGGGUUAUUUGAGUUCAUGUCCAUUAUAAUGCCGGUGGCUGUAGCAUUGGAGUUGCAGGCUUCAUUGUUGAAGGUGCAGUUUUCUGGGUUACUUUAUACAUUCGAUAUGCUGCUAUGCCACGCAUUUCUAGGAAUGUAUUUGAAAUUCCCCGAAGCUUUUAGUGGACAAGAAAAUGAAGUUAUCAGCCGUUUGUUGCUAAUUUCAAGGGAAACACAACAUGUUUUGGUUUUCAGAGUGCUUGCACUUCACUGGUUAUUGGGCUUCAUGGGAAUAGUGAUGUCAACAAGAAAGGUCAUUAAAGAGAGAAUCUUUGCAACAGCUUUAAGAUUUUACCCAAGUGUAUUCGAUCCACUUGCUUUGAAGGCUUUGAAGCUUGAUUUGAUUGCAUAUUGUUCAAUUUUACUCGACAUGUCAAGAGUGGCAGAUGCAAAUGGUAAUGGUCAGAUGGUUUCUGAUGUCCCUGUAGUGAAGCUAUUUGAAGAUGGUCUUGAAUCUGUAUCUGGUUUCAAAUGGUUGCCACCAUGGAGCACUGAAACUUCAGUUGCAUUCAGGAUGUUUCAUAAACUUUUGAUAGGAGCAUCUUCUCAUUCUGAUAAUGGUUCUUCCACCAGAACUCUCAUGGAGUCCACAAUCUUCCAUGCUUCAGAGAGGAUGCUAGUGUCCAUGACACUAAACUCUCAGGGAUUGAUUCCUGUGAUUGUAGCUUUUGUGAACCGCUUGCUGAGGUGUCAUAAGCACCAUGUGUUUGGAGAACGUCUGCUUCAAACAUUCAACAAUCAUUUGCUUCCAAAGGUCAAAGUAGACUAUCGAUUGGGAUCUUAUUUCCCACUUUUUGAAAAAAUUGCUGAAAAUGAAACAGUUCCACCAGGUGGAUUGCUAGAGCUUUAUGGUAAAUACAUGCGUAUUUUAGUUGAAAAACAUGGCCCAGAUACAGGAUUAAGAUCAUGGUCUCAAGGAAGUAAAGUUCUUGUUCUUUGUAGAACAAUAUUGAUGCAUCACCAAAGCUCUCGAUUCUUUCUUGGGUUAUCUCGUCUCCUUGCGUUCACCUGCUUACAUUUUCCAGAUCUUGAAGUCCGUGACAAUGCAAGAAUAUACUUGCGGAUGCUACUCUGUGUGCCAGGAAACAAGCUCAGACACUUGCUAACAACCGGGGAUCAACUCCCCGGGAUUCCACCAUCUUCUCAUUCUACCUCAUUCUUCAACAUCCAAUCUCCAAAAUUUUCUUUGGAUUCCAAAAAAUCAAAACAUAUUUCAUCCUACAUCCACCUUGACCGAGUCAAACCCCUAUUAGUCAAACAAUCUUGGUCCUUAUCUUUAUCGUCUUUCAACAUUAGUAACAACAACAAUCUUGAAGUCAUCAGAGACAAUGACACCUCAUCAUGGCAACCAGAAACCCCAAAUAGUAUUAAUAAUACCGAUAAUACCCCAAUCAUCCCUGCAAUCGAAGGCCCAAAUGAACCCCUUCGUGUAACCGAUUCAAAAGUUUCAGAAAUCGUUGAAAUCUUGAGAAGACACUUUUCUUCAAUCCCUGAUUUCAGACACAUGGAAGGGAUCAAAAUCGUAAUAUCAUGUAACUUAAGCUUCCAAUCAGAACCCUUCAAUCGAAUAUGGGGUGGGGCCGAACCCGAAUUGCUUCCCGCAUUAUAUGCAACUGUCCUCAAGUUCUCAUCUUCAGCUCCAUACGGGUCGAUCCAACCAUACCGCAUACCAUUUCUCCUCGGGGGACCCACCAAAAAGAAUACACCCGAUUCCCUAGAACUCGUGCCAGCUGGCAACGGGCAUAUAAAAGAAGAUGACAACUUCAAAUCACCCGUUUUGAUUGAAUUGCAGCCACAAGAACCGACACCGGGACUCAUCGAUGUGUCGAUAGAAUCGAACACGGAAAACGGUCAGAUCGUGUGUGGUCACCUCCAUAGUGUUACCGUGGGGAUCGAGGACAUGUUUUUAAACGCGAUUGUCCCCGAAGAUGUUGAUAAAGAUUCGGUACCCGGGUAUUACAUAGAUUUGUUUAACGCGUUAUGGGAAGCAUGCGGGAGUUCAUCGAGCACCGGGCGGGAGACUUUUCCGGUGAAGGGCGGCAGAGGUGUUGCUGCCGUGAACGGGACACGGUCCGUGAAGUUUCUUGAAAUUCCGGCGAGGGAACUUGUUCGAGGAGUUGAACGGAAUUUAGCGCGUUUUGUUGUGAAUGUUGUUGGGGAUUCGCUUAUUGAUGUUGUGAAGGAUGGAGGGGUUUUAAGUGAUGUGGUUUUGAAAGAUUGCGGUGAUCUUGAUGUUGUGGUGGCGGAUUUGAAUGUGGGUGAGGGCCCACUUUAUUUGGAGUAUGGAUUAGAACGGAUCAUUGGCCGUGUCUUGCUUAUAUUGAUGAUUAUUUGGAAGCUUUGUUUCUUGCUUAGACUCAGAGAGUUGAUUGUUAUUGGUGUGUAUUUUUUUAUUGGACUUGAUGGAAGGAGUUUCUUUUUGACUUGA